GAAAAAAAGUUGAGCCUCAGAACAAGCGCUUUUAAAGACAGGGAGGGACUUAGCCUUGCAGGCUUGACCAGCAUGUGGAAGGAGAGCUCUCAUGGCAGCAAUAACUUAGGGGGAGCUCCUACCUGGGUGUCGCUUGGGGUAGGAAGGUUUCUGUUUGUUUUGUUCUGUUUCCGAGGGUCCUGUGUGUUUCUCUUGCCUGUAUCAACGUGACUCUUGGUGGGUUUUGCACACCCUGCCCUGUGGGGGAGUGCCCCAACGUGCCUGUCUUAUGUGGCCUCUAUGGACACACUGCCCGGCUGGCAGAGAACAGGGAAGUCUUCUCCCAGAACCCAAAAAGAGAAAGAGGAAACUACUUUUUCCUUCUGGGCUCCUUGCAGCACAAUAGCUUGGGAUAAGCUUCCACAUUCCCGCCCUGGAUUUUCUGGACUGCUUUCCAGGAAGAAGUUAAAACUUCAUCUUUAAAUGGAUGAGUAUGUCACAAUCAGGAAGAAACAUCUCCAAAGACCCAUCUUUAGACUAAGAUGUUUAGUGAAGCAGCUGGAGAAAGGUGAUGUCAACGUGGUCGACCUAAAGAAGAAUAUUGAAUAUGCAGCAUCAGUGUUGGAAGCAGUUUACAUUGAUGAGACAAGAAGACUUCUGGACACUGAAGAUGAGCUCAGUGACAUUCAGACAGACUCAGUACCAUCUGAAGUCCGGGAUUGGUUGGCUUCUACCUUCACACGGAAAAUGGGGAUGAUGAAAAAGAAACCGGAGGAAAAGCCAAAGUUUCGAAGCAUUGUCCAUGCUGUUCAGGCUGGAAUUUUCGUGGAAAGGAUGUACAGGAAGAGUUAUCACAUGGUUGGUUUGGCAUACCCUGCAGCUGUCAUAGUGACACUCAAGGAUGUUGAUAAAUGGUCUUUUGACGUAUUUGCCUUAAAUGAAGCAAGCGGGGAGCAUAGUCUCAAGUUUAUGAUUUAUGAACUGUUUACCAGAUAUGAUCUUAUCAACCGCUUCAAGAUUCCUGUUUCUUGCCUAAUUGCCUUUGCAGAAGCUUUAGAAGUUGGUUACAGCAAGCACAAAAAUCCAUAUCAUAAUUUGGUUCAUGCAGCUGAUGUCACUCAAACUGUGCAUUACAUAAUGCUUCAUACAGGUAUCAUGCACUGGCUCACUGAACUGGAAAUUUUAGCAAUGGUUUUUGCAGCUGCCAUUCAUGAUUAUGAGCACACAGGAACAACAAACAACUUCCAUAUUCAGACCAGAUCAGAUGUUGCCAUUCUGUACAAUGACCGCUCGGUGCUUGAGAACCACCAUGUGAGUGCAGCUUAUCGACUUAUGCAAGAGGAGGAAAUGAAUAUCUUUGUAAAUUUAUCUAAAGACGACUGGAGGGAUCUUCGGAAUUUAGUGAUUGAAAUGGUGUUAUCUACAGACAUGUCAGGCCAUUUCCAGCAAAUUAAAAACAUAAGAAGCAGUUUGCAGCAGCCUGAAGGGAUUGACAGAGCUAAAACCAUGUCCCUGAUACUCCAUGCAGCCGAUAUCAGCCACCCAGCCAAAACUUGGAAGCUGCACUACAGGUGGACCAUGGCUCUAAUGGAGGAGUUUUUCCUGCAGGGAGACAAAGAAGCUGAAUUAGGGCUUCCAUUUUCUCCACUCUGUGAUCGGAAGUCCACAAUGGUUGCACAGUCUCAAAUAGGUUUCAUUGAUUUCAUAGUGGAGCCAACAUUUUCUCUCCUGACAGACUCAACAGAGAAAAUUGUUAUUCCUCUUAUAGAGGAAUCCGCAAAAUCAGAGUCUUCUAACUACGGGGCAAGCAGCUCACCCAGUGUGGUUGGGUUCCAUGUUGCUGACUCCCUGAGGCGGUCAAAUGUAAAAUGCUCUAUGAGUGAUGGGAGCUAUACUCCAGACUACUCUCUGUCAGCCGUGGACCUGAAGAGUUUCAAAAACAACCUGGUGGACAUCAUUCAGCAGAACAAAGAGAGGUGGAAAGAGUUAGCUACCCAAGGUGAACUCGAUCUGCAUAGUAACUCAGAAGACUUAGGAAAUGCUGAAGAAAAACAUGCUGAUACACAUCAAUAGGUCUGAACAAACUUUUAAGAGCUCAGUUGUUUUAAACAUAAGAGGGAAAUGAAGCAGCAUGAGAAACAUGCAAAGUCCUUGACUUUCUAAAACAUCAUAUUCUCCUCUUUGAACAUACAGUUGGCUUAGGCCAUUUUAGUGAACUCCUCUGUAAGGAAGAAGAGCAUAAAUUUCAAUCUAGUAACUGGGCAAUGAAGUACCCAUGGAUUAUGACUAGGAUUCUGGCUACUGUUCCUGCCACUAUUUUCCCUCCAUAAUUUGGCCAUCUUCAAUCAAACCAGAGAAAUCUUUUAAGACUGAAAGUCAGACAAUUUGAAAUUUUCAUCACUUUAACUUGUGCAGAAGAUAAACCAUUUUCCCAAUGUACUUCUUGCACUGUGUUAUUCAGAGUGCUGCUACAAUAUUUUAAAUGA